CCUCUCUCCAUCCCUCGCAGCAACAUGACGAAGAACAAGGACGUCACAUUCAACCUCAAGCCCCUCACGCACCAGGACGUGCCCCCUGCCGGCUCGGACGAGCUGCAGGCGUUCAUCGACGCGCACUUUGCUGCCGGCGAGGCAUUUAUCAACUCUAUGGACGACUGGCAGAGGGGGUCGCAGUGGCACAAGGGGACCGUGCAGGUCAUGAGCCUGCCCUCUGGGUCGGCAUACUCCAAGAUCCGAAAGCAGUUCAACAUCAGCGACUUUUGGUGCGGCCGUAUCUCCAAGCACACGGCCGAGAGCGUCAGAGAGGAGAAGGCCACAAACGGCAGCGCGACGGGCGGCACGUCGCUCAACCCCGUCCACCUCGUUCGCUCGAUGAGCAGGCGCGUGAGCGCCCAGUUCAGCUCGGAUGGCAAGAAUGUUGUGGCCGAGCGCCGCGCGACUGUCGACUUGUCCGAGGAGGAGCGCGCCGUUCAUAUCAUGAACACGGACCCGAGCAACCUGUACGAGCGCAUGAGACGGGGCUUGCUGGAAUACCACUCCGAGAACGAGCGCGAGUACAUCGAGGCAUGCCGCGAGACCGAGUGCCUCGAGGUGCUGCAGCCCCACAUGGCCGAGAUCUGGCGCAUGACCUAUGUGACGCCACCACCGACCUCGCCGCGCACCUUUGUCGUGCUGCUCCUCUCGCGCGAGCUCAAGACGGCGCCCAAGGGCGAGCGCGCAUUCAUGAACAUUUCCGUCCCCUUCCAACACCCCGCGUGCGUCGAGAAGAAGGACGACGAAAAAUCGCGCGUGCGAGGCAAGUACGUGUCUGUCGAGCUUGUGCGCGAGCAGGACGGCGGACGGCAGGUCGAGUGGCGCAUGGCGACGAGCAGCGACGCGGGCGGCAACAUCCCGCGGUUUGUGACCAACGCGUCGCUCCCGUCCAAGAUUGCAGAGGACGUGCCGUCGUUCCUUGGCUGGAUGACGCGCCGGUUCCCCGAGGGCGGCGAGGUGGAGAGCCACCCGAUUGCGGCAUAGAGCGCGGGCACGAGCACGCGUUAGCGUGCGAGUAGAGAGCUGAAGAGGGUGAGCGAGCGCGCAUCAGCGCGCGCGUAGAGCGGAGUAGAGCGGAGUAGAGUUGCAUGGAUCGCAUUGUGAGGG